AAUGUUGACAGUCUUUCCCGUAACGUAGUGUGAGGCAGGGAAAUAUGGCCGACGCAAAGGAGAAAGGAGAGCCGAAUCAGGCUGAAAGCAUCAAUCAUACUGCAGAUGGAGGUGCAUCGCAAAUCGACGUCAUAUUGCAGGCGAAACUCGAAGGGAGGGAGCUGACCAAAGAAGAGAAACAACGUUUGAGGAAAGAGAAAAAACAACAGAAGAAAAAAGGUGGAAAGGAAGGCAAGGGUACAUCUGAGCCUGACCAAGGAAAAAGAAAGAAAUGUGUUGCCUCACCUGAAUCACAGAAGGCAACACAAAGUCCUCCACAGAAAGUUCCUGUCACGGUGCCUUCAUCCACGCCUUCGCCUGCACUCGCUCCUGCAUCUGCACCAGCCCCUGGUCCCUCGGCCUCGGGGCCCACAGCGCCAGCUCCUGAAGCCCAGCCCGCCACAGACAAGCCAGCCAAGAGCAAAGCCGAGCUGAAGGCAGAGAGGCGGGCACGUCAGGAGGCCGAACGGGCAUCCAAAGUCAAGAAGGGAGAGCCGGGCCAACAGUCGUCCUCCAGCAAGGGCAAGGCGGUCCCCAGUGAGCUACAGCCAGUGGUGAAGAGGUUACCAGAACAUGUCCAAGUUGACGACCCUGCAGCUGUCAGAAAGCUUGCCAAGAAGCUAGAAAGACAACAGAUUCCUCUCAGGUCAGAUUAUGGCUACAAAGUCAGCCUGUUCUCCCAUCUGCACCAGUACAGCCGCAAAGCUCCCCUCACACAGCAAAUCAGCAUCCCUUCCACAGUAAUCCACCCCUCGGUCGUACGGCUGGGUCUGCAGUACUCCCAGGGUAUCGUGGCUGGAUCCAAUGCUCGCUCAGUUGCACUGCUGCAUGCUUUCAAACAGGUGAUCCAGGAUUACACUACACCUCCAAGCGAGGAGCUAUCCAGAGACUUGGUGAACAAGCUUAAACCUUACAUUAGUUUUCUUAAUCAAUGUCGCCCUCUAUCGGCAAGUAUGGGUAAUGCCAUUAAGUACAUCAAGAAGGAAAUCUCCAAUAUCCCCAGUCAAUGCAAAGAGGAGGAGGCCAAGGCACAAUUGUUGGAAUGUAUAGACGUCUACAUCAAUGAGAAAAUCACGCUGGCAGCCAAAGUCAUCUCUGAGUAUGCUAGUGAGAAGAUCAGUGAUGGGGACAUCAUUCUCAUUUAUGGAUGCUCCUCGUUGGUCAACCACAUCCUGUGCGAGGCCUUUGAGAAAAAGAGAAAGUUUCGGGUGGUUGUGGUGGACAGCAGGCCACGGCUGGAGGGGCGAGAGGCACUCCGGCGCCUGGUGAAGAAGGGCAUCAACUGCACCUACGUCCUCAUCUCCGCCGUCUCUUACAUCCUGCCAGAGGUCUCCAAAGUAUUCUUGGGUGCCCAUGCAUUAUUGGCCAACGGCUAUGUGAUGUCGAGAGUGGGCACGUCUCAGAUUGCCCUGGUGGCCAAGGCCUACAACGUGCCAGUGUUGGUGUGCUGCGAGACGUACAAGUUCUGCGAACGAGUGCAGACCGACUCCUUCGUGUCCAAUGAGCUCGAUGACCCUGAUGACCUUAUUGUGACCCGGAAGGGUAAGACACAGCUACAAGACUGGCAGAAUGUGAAAUCUCUGGGUCUCCUCAACCUUGUGUAUGAUGUCACCCCGCCGGACUUUGUUGAUCUGGUCAUCACAGACCUGGGCAUGAUCCCCUGCACCUCCGUACCAGUGGUUCUACGAGUUAAAAAUGUGGACCAGUAGACCCAGGCAGCAAGACCAAGCGGCCGAUUGUGCUACGCCACUGGCAUAAAAUAAAUAUAUAUAAAUAUAUCUGAAAA